AAAAAAACUUAAAAAAAAUGAAUAACUUUGAUGAAGAUCCAAAUCCUAAAUCCACCGGUCUAAUUAACAAAUUAGGUUUUUAAGUACAAUUACAAUAGCAAGUGGAACUAAAAACGUAGUAACAGGUACAGUUAAUUCAGUUGGAUACGGAAUAUGGUGGGCUGGCUCAGGAAUAGUUAAUGCAGGUGGAAACCUUCUUCAUUUAGGAAAAAACGGAUCAAACAAACCUCCGAAGGUUCAAGAAAACAAUGAACUUAAAGGACAAUAAUUAGUCAACAUUAAUAAAUGAAAUUAUGAAAAACAUA